AUGCCCCAACGCGACGCGAUUCCCAUGCGUCACCUCACCUCCAUGUCUGACCGCCGGGGAGGAGUGAGCUGGGAGCGAGCAGCCUUGGAAGGCAGGCUUCGCGAGACGUGGCGAAGGCUGGCUCUCUCAUCUUCUCCCCACCCUCUCAUUCCCUCCCCACCCUCUCAUUCCCUCCCCACCCUCUCAUUCCCUCUCCACCCUCUCAUUCCCUCCCCACCCUCUCAUUCCCUCCCCACCCUCUCAUUCCCUCCCCACCCUCUCAUUCCCUCCCCACCCUCUCAUUCCCUCCCCACCCUCUCAUUCCCUCUCCACCCUCUCAUUCCCUCCCCACCCUCUCCCUCCCCACCCUCUCAUUCCCUCCCCACCCUCUCAUUCCCUCCCCACCCUCUCAUUCCCUCCCCACCCUCUCAUUCCCUCCCCACCCUCUCAUUCCCUCCCCACCCUCUCAUUCCCUCCCCACCCUCUCAUUCCCUCCCCACCCUCUCAUUCCCUCCCCACCCUCUCAUUCCCUCCCCACCCUCUCAUUCCCUCCCCACCCUCUCAUUCCCUCCCCACCCUCUCAUCCCCUCCCCACCCUCUCAUCCCCUCCCCAACCUCUCCUCCUCUCCUGACCCUCUCCUCCUCUCCUCACCCUCUCCUCCCCUCCCUAACGCGGCACUACGACCUACCGUGCAAAGACAGCUUCUCCGUGCUACGAUGCGUGCAAUCCGAUCCUGUCGCCACAUGUCGGCUCUGGAUAGGAGCAGCACCAGCAACGCUUUUCUACUAAACGCAUGGAAGGAGUACAGCAGGGGCCGAUUCACGCUGUGCCACUCUCAAUGCCCGUGUGCUCUCCAACGGCACUCCUGCAUCUACAUCCCCCUGUAUGCCCUAGCCUGUAAGACGUUCAAAGACUCAUCAACUUCCUUGCUUUCCCCCCCUCCCCAUUUCCCCCUCCCCUUGACCUCCCCCUUCCCCCUCCCCUUUCCCCUUUCCUCGUUCGCCCUUCCUUCUUCCUGUCCCUCCUCCAUUCCCCCUCCCUUUCCCUUUCCCACUCCCUUCCCCCCUCCCUUCCCCACUCCCUUCCCCCCUCCCCGCCCUCCUCCUUUCCCUCUUCCCUUCCCCCCUCCCUUCCCCCUCCCUUCCCCCCUCCCUUCCCCCUUCCCUUCCUCCCUCCCUUUCCCCAUCCCUCCUCCCCUUCCGCUUCCCUUCCCUCCUCCCUUCUCUCCUCCCUUCCCUUUUUCCUUCCCUCCUCCCAUCCCUCCUCCCUUCCCUCCUCCCUGCCCUCCUUCCUUCAUCCUCCCUUCCCUCCUGCACAUUUGGCCUUCUCAAACCUUCCUCCUCCAUCCUCCACUCUACGGUCUCCCUUCCUAG